AUGAACACGCCCACGAAGCCCAUUCAAUCAAAAUUUGUACCAUCGCCUUCUGUGAAGAGGCUAUUCAAUUCCCCCAACUACUCAAUCCUCAGUGCUUCUCCACAGAUUUCAAGGAGCGCUGCAGUGGAUUUUGACUUGAACUACGAUGAAACUGGCGGCCACGACGACUCAAUUAACCUCCUCCCACCUCAAUCCACCGACUCUCAGCUCAUCGAUAAACUCCGGCUAUGGCGACACGACGCAAUGAUGCAGCAUCUAUACACGACCGCUCAAUUCUGGGGCGAUAAAUGCUUACACCUCACAAAUGACCCAAAUGACGCGUUCUGGUUGGCUCAGAUUUACUUCUACACCCACUCUUACCUACGUGCUGAGCAGCUUCUCACUAAUCCUUUCAACAUGAACGGCGAUUUCGUACGCUUAUACCAAAUUUCUGUCUUUUGCAGAUACCUCACUGCCCAGUCUCAGCUCAGGCUCGGCAAGUGGCACGAAGCGCUAGAGCUGCUCGGCGACACCAACCCUUUCAACAAAGACCCAAAUCACGGCUAUAACGUAAAGUGUCACGAUGGCGGGAUUAAGAUUGAGUCCUCCCUCUGUCACCUGCGAGGUCUCAUCCACCUCCACCUCAACAGCCCUGAUAAGGCUAAAGAGUCUUUCAUCGAAGCUCUCUCUCUCGACGUGAAGAAUUACGACGCUUUUAUCAAACUAGUCGGUGGUUCUAUGUUGUCUGACGAGGAGGAGUGGCACUUCGUGCAGUCCCUUCACUACAAAGAGCAGAUUGAGCAUGAUAGCGAUUUCGUUAAGUUGAUGUACACGACGCAGCUGAAGAAAAAUCCCGCGCAUGCAGCGCAUAUCGACAGAUCGCGCGAUGAGCUGUGUUUGGAGAAGUAUGGCUUUGAGCAGAAUGUCGAUAUAUUGCAAUCGCGAGCCGAUUCGCUCUACUCACAGCUGAGAUAUGGGGAGUGUUUCAAGCAGACAACAGACAUCCUCAAACACCACCCAUCCCACCCAACAACCCUUCCACUACACAUAGCGUGCAUGCAGCACCUACCCAAUCUGCGCAGCUCGCUUUUUCUGCUCGCUCACCAGCUCAUCGAGACGGACCCUGACAGUGCGGUGUCGUGGUACGCCGUCGGCGUGUACUACUAUCUCGGCAGCUACUACCAGGAAGCGCGCCGGUACUUGUCUAAAUCCAGCCUUAUGGAUCCGCGCUUCCAGCCGGCGUGGAUAGCAUUCGGACAUGCUUUCGCACUCGAGGGUGAGCAUGACAGCGCCAUUACGGCUUACUCGACAGCGAGUAGACUGUUUCCGGGCACGCACCUCGCCUUGCUCUACAUAGCAAUGCAGCAUAUCCAGCUGGCGAACAACGGUGUUGCGAUGGGAUUCCUCGCGGGUGCACUGUCUAUUUGCACCAACGACCCCGCGGUCUACCACGAGAUGGGCGUCGUGAGCUACUUCAAUAUGGAGUAUAGCAAAGCAGUGGAGUAUUUCGGCAGGACGCUCGAGCUGGAGGGGUUGGAAGGGGGUGUUGAUGUACAGGAAGAUUCACUUACACACGCACACAAAACCACCGCAACUACCUAUCUCGGUCUCGGACAGGCGCAGCGCAAGCUGAAGCAGUUAGCACAAAGCAAGGCGAGUCUCCUGCGCGCGCUGCAGGUCGAUGAUUCAUGUACUGCCACACUCACCACUCUCGGACUCGUCCACAAUGAGCUAGGCGAGAUGGAAGACGCCAUCGAGGUCUAUCACAAAUCCCUCUCCAUACUCCCAGGUGACGCUAUGACGACGGAGUUGCUCAAGUUGGCAGUCAGCUGCAAUGUGCGCGCUACGUCGGCGGAGAAAUUCAAUCGCCUGCCGGAAGCGUGGAGGGUAGGGGGAGUAGGUGGUGAUAACAAUAACAAUACCAACCACACCAAUCACACUAAUAACACACUCUCCUUCCGCGAUGACUCGUCUAUUCUCAGUCAGAGCAAUAGCAACAUCGAUAUGACGCGCCAUCUAGAUGACGAGGAGAGUAUGCUUAUUGAGUAA